AUGUCCCAGCUGCAGCGAAAACUAUCUGUUCGACGAGGGUCUGUCAGUGCGUCAGAUCCAUUCGGACAGCAUGCUACCCUUAAUCAUGAUCCUAAUCGAUCAUCGUCAUCAACUUUGACCAUCGUUCGCGUACUGGAUCCCAGUUCGCAAGCAGGCGCACCACAAUGUGCUGGGACCGCUCCAAUGAAUCUUUCAGAACCGCCUGCACCAGCGCUUCACCGACGUUCACUACGUCAUCCUGGGACUAUUUCGACGAAUGCAGAUGGAUCAUCAACCGGUAGACUCAGCUUUGCAUUUUCAUCUUUCGCCCCAAAUUCUUCAGCUCCAACUUCCUCUUCUGCAUCUUCACCAGCCGUCGCUACCUCCCCUAGCCGACGGGCCUCCAGUCCAUCUACUUCCCCUCGUCUACGCUCUAGCUCACCGCAGUUCACCCGGAGACAAUCCGCGUCAGGUUCUUCCCCAUUUUCUAAACCAAAUUUGUCCCCAGAACAGCUUGUAGACCUCGCUCGUCAAUCAACUAGCCCUCGUUAUGUCCCUCCGCCUGCAUCUGCCCCUAGCACUCCUCAUCUUCCCACGCUUGCAAGUCCGGUGGGUUCCUCUAAUCCUGCCGCUGGUGCAAUAACCGCACCUGCGACAUUCACCCCGUUACCCGAUGAUAUUUACCUUCCUUUCAUCGAUCGUCCCUUUGAAGUGACCCAAUUACUAUCAACUCAUCCCACAACCAAACUUCUUUCCCUCCUCGCCCAGACAUUUCCCAGGACACAAGGCCCAGAAAAUCUUAAUGAUUCUACGUUCUCUGCUGAUCCCGCGAAAUGGACCUUCGGGACUUUGCGCCUCUGGUUAACCAUUAUGGAUAGACAAACAGCCAGUGACACUCUCUGGGUGCGCAACGCGCGCAGAUGCGUCCUGUCUCAUUCAGAGCUCAUCUGGGAGCGUCUGAAGGGGGCUCUUGGCGUUCCUCCCGAGCUCGAGGUUGACGGAGAAUGUGAUACGGAGAGUGUGAUUGCAGUGGAUGAUCACCCACCGCGCGUCUGUGUCUCUCCUAUUCCGGCAAUGUUAGAUGCAGGUAGUGCGGCCCAAGAUUCGGGAGAGUCAAACACGCGCCCUACAUCGUUUCCGCCUGACGAUGUUCAAUCAACUCAACAUGAUUCCAUGCCCCCAUCCCCCCGAGAGGACCCACUCUCCACCACAACUCACUUGUUGAUUGAGCCCAUACUCGCGACACUUACCUCAAACGCGAACGUCUCCACUCCUGGUUCAGCUAAUCCACCUCCACUCAGCCUCCCAUCAAACUUGUCACAGUCUACUUCUCUCGGACAGGGAGACGGACUGCAGGACAUUGGCGAGGAGGCAGAAGACGAGGACGGCGCGGACACAGAAGCGCCCGAAAGGGACACUCAACCUGUCGAAGAUUCUUCGCAGAUUCAUGGGUUACGCAUAUCCACUUCACCUGUGCCGUCUUCUCCUGCUUUUGUGUCACAACCAUUUUCACAUCCUACUAGCCCAGUCAUGAGUUCGAAUAACUCGAGACGCAACAGUACCGAGCUCAAAUGGUCGUCUGAGUUUACCCUUCCCCUUACUAGGCGCAUUUCUCGUACGAGUUCGCAUGGUUCGGUCAGUAGCCUUGGACGACCCACGUUCAGCUACAUCUACAACUCAGCUGGAUCUGACUUCGGAGACAACGAUAGCGAGCGUGCGCAUGAUGCUGUUGGAGAUCGUGGCCCAGGACAUCCGCUCUUCCCCAGCAAUUUUGCGCGACUGGCAUUGGGCCCAACGCUGAGUGCGAAUAAUCCUAACCUGCGUCCCUUACGCUCUUCCACCCACCCAGUGCAUUCGCACUUCGCUAAGUGGGCGCCAGGUGGGCGUCCUCCGAGUUGGAUUGAUGCUUGGGACCCUGUCAAGCACGAAUAUGCCGCAACCACCGCUAGCGGUAGUAGUAUCGGGGGCGGUGAAUAA